CGCCACGCCACAACACGCCGACGCCACCGACGCCGCCGCCGACGCCGCCUCCGUCGCACCACGCUCCGAAGUAGCCGCACCACAGCCCGACUCACCGCAGAGCGACAGGCAGACAGAGAACGACCGCCUGCCCAUCAUGCUGUUGCCGCUGCUCCUGGCGACGCUCGCCGCCGGUCCUGUGCUGGGUGAGGCGGCUCCCGCCCCCGCACCUCAGGCCGCAGCCCGCAGCCCAACCGAGAUCACCGCGGACCCUGAGCAGCUGGAGCUGCUGAGCGCCUACCUGACGCGCCUGCUGGUGGACGGCUGGCCCGAGGGCGAGCCGCCGCUGCUGUACGUCGAGGCGGCCGACGACGACGACGUCGACGCCGCGGAGCGCGACAACGUCAUCGGCACCGGCGCGCAGCCCAUCUGGAAGCGGUCGCGCUACUACCGGCGCUACCCGUGGAAGCGGCAGAACGGCCGCUACCAGGCCGCCGACGACCGCUACCUGUGCCAGCCGACGCGCGAGGACGUCUUCCAGCUGCUGGUGGCGCUGCACGAGGCGCGCCGCGGAGACUCCAGCCGCACCGUCAGCUUCUGCAACCGCCGCCGGCCCGCCAGCGCCAUCUUCACCAACAUACGCUUCCUCGGCCGCUAGGCGCCAGGCGUCACCGCUCCCUCCCUCCUUGUCACAGCCACUGCCACCGCCUACACCUCAGCGCUUCGCUUCUCGCCCACUUCACUACAAGCCUGUCUUCUCCAUUCCACCCUUUCUUUCAUGCUACAAGAGGCCGACGACGACGAACGACAAACGGGAAUAGUAAUGUACGAAAACAAGAGCAACACCAAGGUGUCUUCUUCUCGCAAAAAGAUAUAAUUCCAGAAAUGGAAAAAAAGUCUGACUUACGGGAAACCAAAGGGUAUAACCCUAUUUUGAAUACCAGGAUGACUCUUCAUUUGUGGCUACAUGCACAGACAUAAAUUACCUUCUGGCAACAGGGUUUAACUUGUAGAAACUAGACAUAUAUCCUUCUGACCAAUUACGUGUAUAUCUCCACGUAAGUGAGUCCCCCUUCCCAAAACAAUAAUGCCAGUGCUUCAAAAUUACGAAGAGUUCUCGCAUUGAAUGUGAGAAAUGACGGACUAGUCACUCCAUUUUCCUGUCGUUGAUAGUGAACUGUGUGAUCUGGCUUCUCGCAUGCCACUCUCUGGUUUUUCUGGUCUGCGACAACGAGUGGGCACAUUUCCGAGAGAUUCGUGACCUGGUCAACGGCUCCCAUUUAGAAAGUCUUUCGUCGUCUUCGAGGUCUGGUUCAUACCGGGAGUCCUCUUGGUUCUGCACUCCUAUCCCACCAACCGAUAUUUCUUCCUGGUUAUGUUAUUUGUGUUCAAAGCUAAAUCAUAUUUCUUUCUCUCAAUCCUUUUCUAUCUGCGCCAGUCACUUUUAGUUUCCGGUGAUAAAUGUUAAUAAACUGUUGUCUGGUCUUAGAAGCACGAACUUCUGAACGCAUGCUUGCAAACUAACAGUUUUGUGGGCAUGAAAACAAGAACUGUUCCAAAUUCGUGUCAAAGACAGGGAAUGAAGGAACACAGGACUACGAGUAGCGAAAAGAAUAACAACUCCUCUUUUCCUGUCGUCACAAUGUCUAUAAAACUAUUUUAAUUUAGUAUAAAAUCAAUUCAGCUAUCAUUUCAUCCUAUCAUCUACAUGUCAGCAUACUAUUGCACUAGACAUACCGAAACCUUUAGUUGAAGUAAAAUUUCAUCCAUAAGUAUAUGGGGAACAACGGAUAUGGCAAGCUGUAUCUGUGUAUAGUGUUCCAAAAGGUAUUAUGUUGCUUCUCAUCAUAUAUCAAGUUUCAUCUACAGUGUUUCUUUCAACACAGAGCGAUCUGUUAUGUUCCUGAUCUCACACACAGUAUUUUUUUUCUUUUUUUGCUUAUAUACCAUAAACUUUGUUUUGCUCCUUGAGUGUGGCAUUCACAGAUGUUCUCCACAUACCCAGCGACGAAUAUAGUAAAUAGCUAUGAAAACAAAGCGGUAACAUACUCAGAAGGUAUUAUGUCCUAAUCCUCCUUCCCAGCUUUAUUAACAGUUAUCGUCUGCAUAUUACACAGGUUUAGACUGAAGUGAGGCGUAGGUGGUGGCAAUGUCUUAAAAUAAGCAAAUAUUAUGAGUGUAGCAUAUCGUAAUAAAUCUUACAAACGCAUAUCAAAGUAUUUCACGUGUUUCUUCUUGACGUUGGUCAUUACGUACUGAAUGUCUGUUUCUUGCAACGCAUACACGUUGCAUGCCUCAUUCCCUUUCAAAUUAUGACCCGAAUCCAUUUCCCCAAGAGGUAAAUAUUAAAAUUAAUGAAUAUCGAAAUGGAAAUCAGUCUUAAGAACACAUUUCUGUCUAUUUAAAGUAUCUGUAAGAGUUUCGAAAUUCUUAUCGUAAUUAAACAUAACUUAUUUAUGUCAUGGCUAAUGAUAUUAAAUAGGUACUUACACUGUUAACUUCUCAAUCGUUUUGAACUUACAUUGGAAAAAUGAACCGCUUGUCUGAAGUGUGUAUGAUAAAUGGCAGGUAUUCGAAUUCUAUGUGCUGCUGUUAGGAAUGCGUGUUUGCAUUAAAUGAUAUAUAUGCAUACUUAAUGUUUACCACGUUUUAAUAAAGGUAUAUUAUAAACAUUUC